AUGAAACCUCUCGGUGUCUCUCCCCAGAUGUGCGAGAAGUUUACCGUCUGUGAGAACAGCAUGGAGAUGCUCGUCCAGAACAACCUCAACCUCCCCAAGGUGACAGAGGAAGAUGGGUGUCUGCUCGCCGGCUUCGAUGAGGACAAAUGCUUGAAGAAAAUCUCCAGCGGGCUUUAUACAUUUCAGACAUACCUUAAAUACGUACAAGAAACUUUUACUAGUGAAAAGCAAAAUGUGGAAUUGCUGUGCUAUAGUACAGAGCACCUGGCACGUACCAUAAGGCAGAUGGUGAUAAAACCCGAUGAAGUGAUCAUCCCCGACUCAGCUACCCAGGAGUCCCUCCGCGCAAAGCUGAAGUCCAAUAAGACCUGGAUAGAGAAAAUCACCACCCACCUCAUCCUCCGAGACUUUACUUCGUUUAUGGAGAAAACCGUGAGGGCCGUUCGCUAUUUGAAAAACACCAGGAGUUUCAGUGCCUGAAUGUUUUAGUUCAGGCACAAUCCUUUGUUACAAAUCUGUCAUGUGGCAGAUGACAGUGUUGUUCUGUUUUAAGAACCAAAAAUAGUAACAAUGGUUUGCAUUUAUAUAAUAUUCUAAUUUCCUUCCAGGAACCUAUUUAUUGUAUUUAAAAUAUUUAUUCGUUUCUAAUGUUUUGUAUUUAUAUUUUCGAUAUUUAGAAAUAAUUUAAACAAAGGACCUAUUUUAUUUCAUUUCUAAUGG